AGUUAUGAAGAACUUUACUCUUUUAUAACCUCUUGUCUCUAUCUAUCCCGAUAUAAGUGCAUAUAAGUGCAAAUGCCCUCCUCAAGACGAGAUUAUCCCAGCAGUCUUUAUCCCGAAGUCGGAUCAAGCUACAAGUCCAGCUACAGCAACAGCGACAGCAACAACAGCAUCAGUAGCUAUUCUUCUCGGAGGAAUAGCACAAACCACCACAGCUAUGGCGACUAUCCACGAAGCAGGGAUCAUCGCCACCGCGACAGAAACGAAAGACAUUUUCGAGACGCUCAUUCCACAAAUACAAAGGACUCUCGGCGCAGCUACUCCCACGAUCGAAACAGAGAUGACAGAAAAAACAGCGGCGGUAGCAGCAACAGCAGCAACAACACUAUCAAGCAACGCACCAGAGGCAUCUGGGAACGAGCCAUACCAUCAGAUUAUCGACCCUCGCAGGCCGAUCCAGAUGCGAGGCGGGAGCGGCUGUCCAAGGAAAAGGAGUGCGGGGGGUUUGACUGGACGCAGGGGAUGGUGCUGGGAUUGAUGGGGGCGGCGGCGCUUUUCAGUGUGGAGAGGUCGCUUGUUAGGAGGCAGAAGAAGGAUUAUAUUCAACAUUGAAUGGGAAUAAACGUUAUAGUGUUUUGCUUUGCUCUUGGUGGGAGUCUUGCUUUUUCUAUUAUGACAUUAUGAAGGAUACUAUGAUAUACGAUACCAACACAAAUACGAGGUCUUGCAUGAGGACAUAUAUAUAUAGUCUAUAUAUUCAUCUAAAAGUAUCAACGCCUAUAUACUCGUGUCUAAAUCAUUCCCCUCCCCUCUGCAAAAUCUACUCCAGCUUCAACUGCGCCUCAAUCGUCUCAACCAACAAGUCAAACAGCUUCUGCACAUGCUCCUCCCUGAUCGCCGCCACUCCCGUACACACUCUAAUCGCAAAGUGACCAUUCACCACCGUGCUCGUCAAGUAAAACUGGCCGCUCGCAUUGAUCGCCUCAUACAGCUUCUCCGUCCGGCUGUUGAUCUGGUCCUCGCCAUCGCCCUUGGCCCGGAACGACACCAGGCCAAACCGCGCCUUAGUGAAGAUGGUGAACAGGUCAGGCCGUGUCACGAACUUAGCCUCCAGAGACUCGCCCUGCGUGA